CUUCUUCACAACCUUAUUUCUUUUCUCUAAUGUAGAAUGGCCCUUUUAAGAAAGCUGUCACGGCCACUCUUUCUUCCGCCUGUAUUGCAUAGCCGACCGCUGCAGAAUAUCAUUCUAAUUGCUUCUUGUCUUAUCUUAUUAAUAUUCUUUCUGUAUAGUCUCAGAGAACCAGAGCCAACCCAAUUGCUACCGUAUCAAAUUUAUCCACAGACCAACGACUCCAUACAUCAUACGGUGACGGAGUUUCUUCCCGCCUCUGUAGAAACCGGAAAAGAUUCGACUCGAGAACUUUGCGAUUCGUUUCCUAAACAUGUGUUAUCAAGAAUACAGCCAGUUCUCAAGACCGGCCAUGGCGAUAACAAGGAAAAACUGAACGCGCAGAUGGACAGCACCAGCGCUUGCUUUACGCCCGAUGAAUUGAUCAUCUUUUCUGAUCUCGAAGAGAAAAUCCGGGAUCAUCAUGCUAUCGACAUUUUGGCCCAUCUGCCUAGCGCUCAUUAUAAUGCUACGACAUUCAAGAUGUGGGAGGAAUAUCUAGCCCAAAAAGAAAUGCAAGCGAACGGUGUAUUGGACACUGCAGCACAGGUAAAGCACAUAAAUGGAUGGGCGCUGGACAAGUUCAAAUUCUUACCUAUGAUGGAAAGAGCUUGGGCCAUGAAACCGAAUAGAGACUUCUACGUCUUUUACGAAACAGACACUUAUAUUUUCUGGGACAACCUCUUCCGAUUUCUUCAAACGUACAACCCAGAUGCAAACGUUUACAUUGGCUCACCAUCUCCUGGACGCCGUGAUCCCAAACGGGGAGACCAAGGCACCCUCUUCGCCAACGGGGGCCCUGGAUAUGUGAUCAGUCGAGGCGCUAUGAAGACCUUGUUACAGCGCACUACUGGUCCAUAUGGACAGUAUACUGACGACCCGCUGUCCGUAAAAUUCAGUUAUCUAAAUCAUGAUGAUGAGUGUUGUGGCGAUAGCGUUCUGGGCUGGGUGUUAUGGGAGCUUGGUAUUCCUAUGCAUGGACACUGGCCUAUGUUUAGCGAUUACGGCCUUCAUGAUAUUCCCUUCAAUGAUCAGCAUUGGUGCCAGCCGCUCAUCACUCUACACAAAACAUCACCAAAAGAUAUGGUUGAUUUGUUCAGCUGGGAGUUUAGCCAACGGAAAUCCCAGCGCCCAUUGCUAUAUUCAGAUGUAUGGGAAUUCCAUAAACCAGGCAGUGUUCCAUCGCGUGAGAACUGGGAUGGUGGCCGCUUUGAUGCGUUUGAACCACCCGCUGAGGUUGUGAUUGAAUCAUCCGAGCAAUGUAGCCGUGCUUGUAGCGAUGACGUGGGCUGUUUGCAAUGGAAAUGGGAGGGGAGAGACCGGAAAAAGUGUACUCUCUUAAGAUCAUUACAGCACGGAAGGGCACGAAAGGCAGAGAAGGGCGAUGGGGAUGAAGAAGCCUGGGUCGAUUAUACCUCGGGGUGGGUAGAGGAGCAUAUAAGGGAAUGGAGAAAAAAACAAGAUUGUGGUAUAGUUAAAUGGGUUGGGGCAAGUGUAGAAAGGAAAUUCUAAAAUAAAUUAAAAUUAAAAAAAAAAAAAAAUUAAAAAAGAGUAUUAUUAUUUAGGUAGUAUGUUUUUACUAUUAAA